AUGCCUAGAGACGACUUGUCAAUAGAUUUCGUGAAGAGGAUGCCUCAAGCCGAACCUCUGGAUCCUGGCUUGAUUUUGGAGGAUUGGAUCAACCGCGUUCAGAACCUGCCCGAAGAAAUCCGAUUUACCCACGACGAGAUCCAAGACAAGGACCGCCAAUAUGCCGAAUGCAUUCGGUUGAUAGAGGAUAGGGAUGCCAAAAUCCAGAAAUGGAUCAAGACGAACGGCAGCAACGAGCCCAAUCCCAAGGAGGAGACCUUGCGAUCACAGAUCCGACAAAGCUUCGAGCGAGCCGACCAACUAUCUAAGGAGAAGAUAUCCCUUACACAAAAGCUCCAACAUCAAUUCGACAAGCACCUCCGAAGUCUCGAUGUCCAGAUCAAAUUGCUUUACGACCGUAACGAGCCUGGGUUCGGCAAUCCAGAUGAAGUCCCUUCGCUUCUCCGACCAAGUGCUGCGAACCAUAGCGCGCCCGCUGUCCGACCGACCAACCCAGCAGCAGCCGGUAUCAAGGUCAGCCCAGUCCCAGCCAAGCCCGCGAACCGAACGCCAUCAACCAACCCAACCCUCGCCCGCUUACCCAGCCACUCGCAAAUGCGCAAUGCACUGUCGCUACCAUCGGUUCCACAGCACCCUUCGUCUGCACCAACUACCCCGGCAGCAAGCAUGAUUCUCAACAGAAAUCAAAGGGAGAGUUCUGCGGGACCUGCGACCAAGCGUGGGGCUCGUGUAACCUCCGGCCUAGGAACCCUCCCCGCUACGUCUAGUGGUCUUGCCAGACACUCGUCCUUGGGACCAGGCACUCCCAAGACUGGCCCUGGCACUGGUCCAGGUGGUGUAGCAAGAGCUGGUAGCGCCGGCCCGAGAGCGAGUUCGGUCAAGGCAAGCUCACAAGCAGGAGCUAGGCGGGGUACUCCUGGUUCAAUCAGCCGCAAAAAGCCACCCAACAAAUCGUCUCUAUCACGCGUUAAGAAAGCCUCCAAUAGGAACUCCCCCGCAUCGACAGCAGAUAGUGACCUGUCUGAUGCAAUUAGCGCGAGUGGUGAUGAGGAAGGUGCCGAGGUCCUCUCAAGAGGGACCCCUUCUGGAGAUGGCAAAGAUGCGGAUGGUGAUGACGUUCUUGCAGAUGCCGACGACGAUGAUGACGAAGAUGGCAGUGAUGACAAGAAAUAUUGUCUGUGCCAUAAUGUGAGCUACGGUGACAUGGUCGCUUGUGACAAUGACGACUGUCCUUACGAAUGGUUCCAUUGGUCUUGUGUUGGCCUCAAGAGCGAACCCAACGGGACAUGGUAUUGUCCUGAAUGCUCUGAGAAACUAGGGCGAAAGAGCAAAUAA